AUGACCGUGAUCAAGACCGUCGCUGUCACUGGAGCAAGCGGUGCCGUCGGAACGGCAGUCGUGAAUGCCAUUGUCGAGUCGGGAAAAUUCAAUGUGUCUGUUCUGGCUCGUACAGGUUCAAAAGCUGCCUUCCCAUCCUCGGUCAAAAUCGCAUAUGUCGAUUACAGUGAUGUUGCUUCCCUUACGGAAGCUUUUCGUGGCAAUGAUGCCGUUAUCUCGACAGUCGGAUUAAUGGGUCUACAAGGCCAAACCACCGCCGUCGAAGCAGCCGUUGCAGCAGGAGUCAAACGCUUCCUCCCCUCAGAAUUCGGCUACGACCUCGAAGACCCCAAGAUAGAGGCCAUCACAGCAAACCUCCCAAUCUUCGGAGCCAAAGUCAACGUCAAAAAGCUGAUCGAGGAGAAAGCCGCCUCGAACCCAGACUUCACAUACACUUACGUCUAUAACGGCACUUUCUUGGACUGGGGUCUUGAACAUAGCUUCUUGUUCGACCUACAAUCUGGCAAGCCGCGUAUUUUCGACGGCGGCGAUCGACCUUUCUCGACCACGACACUAAAAUCUACCGCUCAAGCUGUAGUUGGUGUUCUAGAGCACCCCGACGAAACGAAAAAUCGUGCGGUGUAUAUCCAGGACCUAGUCCUCACCCAGAACAAGAUCUUCGCUCUUGCUAAGAAGGUCGCGCCCGAGAAAACGAAGUCGUGGGAGCCGGUGCCGACGUCUACUACUUCUAUCAAGGGUUCUUCUGAUGCGGCCUUGGCGAAGGGUGAUGAUUCUCUUCCUGUGCUGUUCGAGUAUCUCUACGUGUUGUUCUUUGGGGAGGGGUAUGAUGCUGAGUAUAAGGAGCUUGAUAAUGAGCUGUUGGGUAUUGCUGGGGAUAAGAGUGAUGCUGAUAUUGAGGCUAUUUUGGCUCCGAUCUUGAACUGA